CCAUCCCCCGCCCGUCCCCACGUGCCACCCAUGUCCCCACCUGUCCCAACGUGCCACCCAUCCCCGCCUCCCCGCAGCUCAAGUUCAAAGUUCAAAGUCCACGGGGCCACAUUGGGGACGAUCGUGGAGCGGUGACAAGGCCACAGCAGCGGGGACUUUGGGGACGCAACCACAGCGGUGACUGCGGGCACAGCGGCCCAGCCAUGUCCCUGUCCAGCCUCUCGGACCCGGACAGCCCCGGGGCGCAGCGCUGCCCCAGUGUCACCGACGUCCCCGAGGAGCCGAAGGUGUGCGCUGUGUGCGGGGACCGCGCCACCGGGUACCACUUCCAUGUGAUGAGCUGCGAAGGGUGCAAAGGGUUCUUCAGGCGCUCCAUCCUUAAGGCUGUGCACUUCACCUGCCCCUUCACCCGGAGCUGCCCCAUAACCAAGGCCAAGCGCCGGCAGUGCCAGGCGUGCCGCCUGCAGAAGUGCCUCGACGUGGGGAUGAGGAAGGACAUGAUCAUGUCAGAGGAGGCCGUGGGCCGGCGCCGGGCGCUGCGGCUGCAGAGGAGGUUGGCACGGGCGCAGCGUGGGGGGCUGACGGAGGAGCAGCAGGAGCUCAUCAGCAUCCUCAUCGCCGCACGCAAACGCACCUUCGACUCCAGCUUCUCCCAGUUCCAGCACUACCGGCCUGCUGUGCGUCUCUGCAUCCCCGACCUGCACACCCAGAGCCCCCCCGGACCUUCGGCACCCCUGGCCCCGCAGUUGAACUGCCUGGAUGAGGACGUGCUGCCCGACGUCUUCUCCGUCCUGCUCUACAUCGCCCACAACUGCACCUUCAUGAUCCAGCAGGUCAUCAAAUUCGCCAAGGAGAUCCCAGCGUUCAGAGGGCUGCCCAUCGAUGACCAGAUCUCGCUGCUCAAAGGAGCCACGCUGGGCAUCUGUCAGAUCCAGUCCAACACGGUGUUUAAUGAGGAAACCAACGCCUGGGAGUGCGGGCAGCACUGCUUCACCAUCGAGGACGGAGCUCUGGCCGGCUUCCAGCAGAUCUACCUGGAGCCGCUGCUCAAGUUCCACGUCAGCCUGAAGAAGCUGCGGCUGCACGAGGCUGAGUACGUCCUGCUGCUGGCCAUGCUGCUCUUCUCGCCAGCUGCAGGAGAAGGUGGCCCUCACGCUCAAGAGCUACAUCGACCACCAGCACCCCAUGCCCGAGGGCAGGUUCCUCUACGCCAAGCUGCUGCUGCUGCUGACGGAGCUGCAGACCCUGAAGGUGGAGAACACGCGGCAGAUCCUCCACAUCCAGCAGCUCUCCAGCAUGACGCCGCUGCUCUCCGAAAUCGUCAGCUGAAGGCCAGCCAGGCGCUCAGCCCCCUCCCCUCGCGCACAUGGGGCUCCGUCGCGCUUUGCAGGGCAGAGUAAAGCUCUUUUAUUUUUCCA